GAGCCCCGGCGAGCAGGCACUCCGGCUGGUUGCAAUCUGCCGGCACCACGAACCACCAAGGGACUUCCCCCCGGGCAAAACCUGCAUAGCCGUCAAGCUCCCACUUCACACCGCUGGCAGCCUAACGAAGGAAGUACCCCAUCGAUCUACCCAGCAGGCAGACGUGGCCGGACUGUAGCAAACACAGCACCUGAGUAUGAGGAGGCACGGAGCCGGCGGAUCGGCCUGCUACUCUUAACCAGACUCCAGCUUGUCAAGGACAGGGCCUCUCCCUCUGCAGGCAUCGGCUGA